GAAAUCACAAAACAAAGCCUACCCUUGCACCUGAGACUUGUUCCUUGAAACGUACGUAUUAGUACAAAUGGGUUUGGUUACAGGCAUGUUUAGUGGCUGCUUCCAGCUUGUUCCUUCUUCUCACUAUGCCCCCUCCUCCAAGGUCGCCGAUGCCACGACGAAUCAUCACCAUCAUCAUCAUGAUGUUCAUGGAGUUCAUCAGGAUCAGAAAUCCACUCCGGCGCUGGCUCCGAAUUCCAAAAGCAGCAACUCAUCAUCAUCAUCUGGACAUCAUCCAAUACUAGUCCAUUACUUCCCAACCAAUUCAUACAUGUCCCGACCCUGCCUCUGAGUCCAUCCACUAUCUAGCUACUUCAUUUUAUUCGUUUAAUUUUGAUACAGUCUUCUGUAAAAUUGUACCCUUCAAUUCAUUCUAUAUGUAUUCACUACUGCUUACUACCGAAAGAUUUUGUACCAAUUCUAUUCCGGUGAAUUAAUAAGAGUCCCAUUUUACUUCAAUUCCAGUCAGUCUCGCUGGACGAGGUCAAAACUAGGGCUGUCCAUUUGGUUUUGGUUUUUCGGUUUUAAGCAAAACCAAACCAAUUGGAAAAAACCAAUAGAAACCAUUAAGAAACCAAUAGGAAUAAA